UCUGUAGCUUGAUGAGGGUAAUUGGGGUGUAAUCUGCAUUAGCUUUACAGCUGUGCUUCCAAAGUCUCUCUCACAUAUUAUUUUCUCGUUGCUUAAACAAACAUAUCUACCAAAAAGGCACUCAGCCACUCAAAAGCUGGUUGAUAGUGACUGACAUUGGCAGACUUUCUCACUUUAAAGAAACAUUUAAAGUAAUACAAUCCAGAAAUGCCUAAUUGGAAGUGGAGAUUCUGCAGGUGCAGCCAUAACUUGGAAGGGAAAAACAUAUGGAACUCCAACAUUCUCUCAUCAAAAAGCAUAUGGACGGUGAUUGGCCUCGGAUUUUCCAUGCUCUUUUAUUCAUGGGACGACUUCAACAAAAAUUAUUUCAAAAUGAUAACCAAUAUUAUCAUCUUGAGUGUCCUGAUUUGCAUUUCCUUAUCAUUUUGGAUUGUAUCCAUGACUGCAAGUACAUAUUAUGGUACUUUACGACCUAUUUCUCCAUGGCGGUGGCUUUUUUCAAUCUUAAUUCCAUUAACCAUUGCUUCGAGAGGAUUUAAGAAAAAGAGUCUUGAUCAUGGAGGAGCAUUAGGAGGUUUAAUAGUUGGAUUUAUCCUUACAGUUGCAAAUUACAGCUUCUUCACUGCCAUGCUUAUGUUUUUCAUCACUUCCUCCAAACUAACCAAGUGGAAAGGAGAAGUAAAGAAGCAAAUAGACCCUGAAUAUAAAGAAGGUGGACAGAGAAACUGGGUGCAAGUGUUCUGCAAUGGUGGUGUACCUGCAGAAUUAGCUCUGCUGUACAUGAUUGAAAAUGGACCAGGUGAAAUUCCAGUAGACUUUUCUAAACAGUAUACUGCAUCCUGGAUGUGUCUGUCCCUCUUGGGGGCUUUGGCCUGCUGCGCUGGAGACACAUGGGCUUCAGAAAUCGGCACUGUCAUGAAUCAGGAACCCCGGCUGAUCACAACCUGGAAAAAGGUUCCAGUAGGUACCAAUGGCGGUGUUAGUUUAAUAGGCCUGAUCUCCAGUCUGCUUGGCGGCACAUUUGUAGGUUUGGCUUAUUUCAUCUCCCAGUUAAUUUUUGUCAAUGACCUGGAUAUUUCUGCACCACAGUGGCCCAUUAUUGUGUUUGGUGGACUCGCUGGUUUACUAGGUUCUAUCAUUGAUUCUUAUUUAGGAGCAACAAUGCAAUACAGUGGUUUUGACACUCGUACAGGAAUGGUUGUCAACCAUCCGACCAAAAGCGCAAAGCACAUAUCUGGAAAACCUAUCCUGGAUAAUAAUGCAGUGAAUCUCUUCUCCUCUGUAGUCAUUGCUUUGUUGCUGCCUGGAGCAGCAUGGGGAUUUUGGCCAAGAGGUUGAAGUUGAUGUAUUGACUCCUAUAUGUUUUAUUCAAAGAAGCUGUGAUUUACAAGGUUUUUCACAAGGCACUUUUAUAACACUGGGCUCGACUUUUUCCUGCAACACUUCUGGAGGAAUGAGGAGUCCUCAGAUAAUUAUUCCUGCGGUGUUUGCAGAUAUUCUAAGCAAAGUGGAGUGAACGAAGGAGUACUGAUUUGAUGCCACUUCUUUUGUGUUGGAGUACUGCUCUUGCUUGAGUGAUUACUACUUUGCCGGUUAUGAUUUUGUCUUAGCUCAUUCCCCACAGUCUGGCAGGCGAGGAAAUAAGAAACUAGGGGAAACGGUUAACUCCUGACAGAGUACUGCUGUAUUCGUGAAGUAAAGCAAUUGAUCUUAACCUUUUACAAAUCUUUUAAAAUGUUUGUUGGAUGUGGUAGGCACACUUUGGGAAUUUGUCUGCUUUUGCUGUUUUGGUGAAAGCGGAAACACAGUAAGUGUCAGUUGAAUAAAAUUGAAAUAUUUUAGGGUUUUUGGUUCUUUGUGAGGAGUACAUUGGCAGAAAAAUGGCUCUUGUAAGCAUGUGUGCUAUUGUUAGCAGUGCCACGCAAUCUUAUAAUAAUAUUACUGGUGUCCAGAAUUUAGAUAUUUAAUUUAUUUAAUUUAAAAUCUGAUAUUUAGAAUAUUUGUUUUGGCCAGUGCCUGUAGUUGAUGGUUUUAUCCUGGCCAUAUUAAAACAAUAUUCUUUGCGUUCAUUCCAAGUACAUUUAUGUUGUUUAUGAAAAGAGUUGCUGAGGUGUUUUUAAAAAACUAAUGGUCAAGAUGAGUUGCAAAUUCAUUUUGGUCUGCAAGAAAAACAGGUAUUUCUUGAUCACAUGAAUUCUACAAUGUAAAAGUGUUUUUCUGGGUUUACAUAAGAAACAAAGAUGAUUUGGACUAAAAGUUAUACAAUACUUCAAUAUAAGUGAAUGCAGUAUAUGAGUUCUUUUGUGAAAUAAACCUUCAAGUAGUACACUUGUAUAUCUGUAAGCUUACUUUCAGACACAGUAAAAAUGCUUUAUUAUACUUUUCGUUCAUCUGGUUUGCAAAUAGUUCUAUAUUCCGUUAUCUUACAUUUGUGAUUUGACUGCGGUUUUCUAUAAACCAAGUAUGCAAACACAUCGAUUAUGGCAUUCAGUAUUGAGGAAGCAGAGACUGCAAAGAGGGUUUGUCCGUAGUUUGCUUUGAAGUCGAAGUUUGUAUGGAUGCUGUCUAUAUCUUCAAAAAGCAGUUCUUUCUAAGAGAUCCCACUUGUCAAUCAGUGCAAGUCAUUUUACUAAGGUGAAAAGGUAUAUUGCACAGUACUUUUUAAUCUUCAUCAGGAACAUACUGAAUGCCUUGAAAUGUAUUAUUCCAUGUGACAGACCCAUGGUUUGUGUGAGACAUUCAAAGUAAAGAAAUUUCAAAAAACAUGGGGAGUGUGCAGACAAUAGACGGUAUAUCAUCCCCAGCUGUUAUUGAUGUUUAGCAGCACCCCCAAGAUUUUGGGGUGUGAAAGAUAAAAUUCCACAUCCUCCAGACAAUUCUAGGGUUAAGAGAGGCCUUUUUCCACACAGGAAGAAAAACAAAUCAACAUCCCCAUAUAUUUCCUGGUUAUGAAAGCCCUGUCCUAGGCUCAAAAUAGCCCUGGAAGGCAUAAACACAGUAAAAGGGAGAUGGGAGAGCAUUUUUAGCAAAAAUUAUAUGCUCUAAUCCCUGGAAGUUUCUUAAGCGUAGUAUGGAUAUUGUUACACUUGAUAGAAGAAAGUGAAUAAAACAUUCGAAAGCAAUAUUUUCAUUGCAACUAGUAUAGCUUGUCUGAAAAGUAGGUUCCUCCUGAGAAGAUGGGAAAAGAAUGAAAAUGUGAAAUAAGAAAGAGCUUAGGAGACAAGAAGAAACUGAUGAAACAGGAAAGGUGCAGGCAGAGGGUAGUCUCUAAAAGCACAUGAUGAGAUAGAGAAAGUGUGAAGGUAAAAGCAAGUUAUAAAGGUGAGUAUAUAAAGAUUGAAAGAUUAAAUGUUAAAAGGGAACUUUUACAUUAUAUACAAGAUAAAUACACUGGAAUAUUUUCUUUUAUGUCUAUGUCCUUAUAAUAAAUGAGUAAUGCCUAUGUGUACUGAGUAUAUAUAGCAUUUCUUAUCCAAAUGGGAUCUUGAAUAGUUUUGUCUAAUAAAUCUGACUUCAAAAUGA